ACGCCUCCCUCCUCCAGAAAAAAUCAAUCCCAUCAGAUCUCAAUUCUUCCUCCCCAGCCUAGCCCGCUCCCUCGAUCCCCCCAAAACCCUAGCGCGCUGACCGCCAUGGCGACGCAGACGGAGCCCGCUGCGCCGCCGCGCCGCCUCCUCGGCCCUCCCGUCAUCCGCGCCGCCCGCCCCUCGCCCGGCCCCGCCGACGUCGCCGCGCCCGCGUCGCACCCCUUCCUCGACCUCCUCGACGCGGCCUUCAACGCGCCGUCCGCCGCGGAGGCCAAGGCCGCGCUCAAGCCGCGGAGGGCGCUCACGGAGAACUGCUCCGCCACGUACGCCAACUCGGGCAACCCCUGCCUCGACCUCUUCUUCCAGGUGGUGCCCGACACGCCGCCCGAGCGCGUGCGCGCGCUGCUCGCCGCGGCGUGGGCGCACGACGCGCUCACGGCGCUCAAGCUCGCCUGCAACCUCCGCGGCGUCCGCGGCACCGGCAAGUCGGACAAGGAGGGCUUCUACGCGGCCGCGCUCUGGCUGCACGACAACCACCCGCGCACGCUCGCCUGCAACGUCGCCGCGCUCGCCGAGUUCGGCUACCUCAAGGACUUCCCCGAGCUGCUCUUCCGCCUCAUCCACGGCCCCGACGUGCGCAAGGUCGCCAGGGAGGGCGCCGCCGCCGAGAAGGUGAGGAGGAAGGAGAAGGACUUCGCCAAGCAGCGGGAGGCCUUGCGGGCUAGCCUGGCCAGCCGCAAGCGCGCCCGCGAGCUGGCCCCUGUGCCGCCCAAGGCCACCUUCGGCGACUUCCUCUCCGCCGCCCUCUCCAAGGCCGGCAGGAAGCCCAUGGAGGUGGAGACCGUCCCUGUGUCUGUCGCGGUCCAGGAGCCGGCCGAGCAGAAGCCCGAGGAGAUGGAGGUGGACGUGGACCAGAAGAAGAAGCCCCGGCGGAUGUCCAAGAAGGUCCGGAAGGUGGCCAAGCUCGCCGUGCAGUCGCUGGAGACGUACUACGGCGACAGCGCGUACCGCUUCCUGUUCGAGGCCGUCGCGGACUUCUUCGCCGCCCUCCUCGCUUCGGACCUCGAGCAGCUGGCCGCAGGUGGCAAGAAGAGGAAGAUCGGCCUCGCCGCGAAGUGGUGCCCCACGCCGGGCUCGUCCUUCGACCGCACCACGCUGCUCUGCGAGGCCAUCGCCCGUCGCCUCUUCCCGCGCGACUCGGACCCCGAGUACGCCCAGCUCACGGACGAGCACUACACGUACCGCGCCCUCCACCGCCUCCGCCGCGAGGUGCUCGUGCCGCUGCGCAAAGUGCUGGAACUCCCGGAGGUGUACAUGAGCGCCCAGCGGUGGUCGGAGCUCCCCUACACCCGCGUGGCCUCGGUGGCCAUGCGGCGGUACAAGUUCCUCUUCAAGAAGCACGACGAGGAGCGCUUCGACAAGUACCUGGAGGACGUGGAGGCCGGCAAGGCCAAGAUCUCGGCGGGCGCGCUCCUGCCGCACGAGAUCGCCGCGUCCGCCUUAAGUGGCGUGGAGGACGACGUGUCGGAGCUGCAGUGGCGCCGCAUGGUAGACGACCUGCGCUCCAAGGGGGCGCUGAGCAACUGCAUCUCCGUCUGCGACGUGUCCGGCAGCAUGCACGGCACCCCGAUGCAUGUGUGCAUCGCGCUGGGCGUGCUCACAUCGGAGCUCAGCGAGGAGCCCUGGGCAGGCAAGGUGAUCACCUUCAGCGAGAGGCCCGAGAUCCACCUGAUCAAGGGCAAGACCCUUCGGGAGAAGAUGAGUUUCGUGGAGAGUAUGCAGUGGGACAUGAACACCAACUUCCAGGCGGUGUUCGACCAGAUCCUCUCCACUGCGGUGGAGGCCCGGCUGGCGCCCGAGAAGAUGAUCAGGACCAUUUUCGUGUACAGCGACAUGGAGUUCGACCAGGCGUCGGCGACCGGCGGGUACUAUGCUCGCAGCAGGUCGUGGGACACGGACUACGAGGUGAUCUGCAAGAAGUUCAGGGCUGCCGGGUAUGGCGACGUGGUGCCCCAGAUCAUCUUCUGGAACCUGCGUGACUCGAAGUCGACGCCGGUGACGUCGACCCAGCCUGGGGUGGCCAUGGUGAGCGGCUUCUCCAAGAACUUGCUCAAGAUCUUCCUGAAGAACGACGGCGUGGUGAACCCCGAGGCCAUCAUGAUGGAGGCCAUCGCCGGCGAGGAGUACCAGAAGCUGGAGGUGUUCGAUUAGAUCGAUUGUCAGUUGUCAUGAGCUUAGUCUGAUCAGUUCUUUUCAGAAUUGGCAGCUGGUGUUGAUUCUCAGAAUUCGAACCAAAUCCAUGCCUGCAAAUGCAAUAGGUUUCCGUCGUUGAACAUUAUGGUUGUGCUGGUAGGAUGAUUGGCAUGGUUUAGCUUUAUCCAGUUUUAGUGAUGAAUCGUCCUUGAUUUGGAGUGCAUGAAUGAACUUCUGUAUUCCGGACAGUGUACUGUUCGUGGUAUGAUGAUUGGACUGGAAGAACGGA